AUGACUGCCUCCACCGGAGAGCUUGCGUCCUCUGUUGCCUGUUCUCGAUGCAAAGAGCACGCUGCGGAGGUGGCUGCGCUGACGGCAGAACAUCGGCGUAUGCUAUUAGAACUUGAGGACAAUCUGACGCGCCGUUUCAACGAAGAGAAGGCUGCUGCGGUAGAACAGGCCCAGGCUGCACUCACCGAGACCCUUGAACAGGAGCGAGCUCUAGCUCAAGAAACCCUGGAGUCCGCCGAGACCCGCUUCAAUGAAGCCAUCGUGCAGACUAAACGCCGUCAGUGGUGUCGCAACUGUCUCAAAGAGGCCAUCUAUCACUGCUGUUGGAACACCUCCUACUGCAGUAUACCCUGUCAGCAGGAACACUGGCAGAAAGAGCACAAGCGACAGUGUAGGCGGAAACGCUAA